AUGCCAGGCCUAUUCAAGAUUAUGCAGGUAAGUAGGAGAUUGACUGCCCUGCAAUUAACACCUCAAUUAAUGUUGGGUUGCCUUCUGAUCCAUCAUUAUGGAUAGGCCUUAUUCAAAUGGUAAUUUCAAAAUGUUUUUGAUUAAUUUAUUUCAUCAUUCAUUCCUUUGCAGACUCUACUUUUACUUGGACUUGUUAUUGCUAAAUGUACAUGGACAUUAGAGGCACACAAGUAUAAGGGAUGCUUCAGUGCAGAAAAACUGGAGGAUAGAGCUCUCAAGAUCCUUCACCGAAACCGGUACCAGACAGAUGUUCAUAUUGAUGAAACACUGUAUCACAAACUGGGUACGAAGAAGACCUGCCCCACUGUGCUUCGUUCACGGUCAUUAGACUACAGCAACCGUUCAGUCUCCCCCUGGCGGUACAGGUAAGGUAUCUCUUUCUACUCCAAGUAAAUACCUUUUGAUAGGUCAAAACAAAUGUUGACCAUGCAGCCAUAAUAUUAUCAGUCUGACAAUAACAUAAUUUGAGUAAAUGUGCAUGACAUAUGGCUGGGAAAUACAUUUUCGGAUAGCAUUAUUCAUUGAUUAAUUGUCUAUUUUGAUAAUUUGAUUGCCACUUUUCCCUUAGCAUCGAUAGCGUGGAGGGACGAUUCCCUGAAAAGAUUGUUGUUGCUGAAUGUCUAUGCGAGGGAUGCAUUAUCAUUAAAGGGCCCGGACAUCACGAGGCCCAACAUCAUGUAUAUAACUCUGUCCCUAUAGAGCAAACCCAGAUGGUUUUGAUGAAGACCGUAUGCCUGAACAACCCAGAAAAAUACUCACUUACAUCACACUUUGUCAAAGUGCCCAUUGCCUGCACCUGCGUUAGA